CCUUCUCAUUGGCUCCCCGUACAAGACCUACUUCUCAGCCUAUCAGCGAAGGGACGAGAUAGUAAAGCGAGAGCCGAGCGGGGGAGCGCCGAGUGCCUGCUCCGCUGUGCUGUGCGUUCCUGUCCGCAGGGAGCGAGCGAGCGAGGCGAGAUGUCCGGGCGCGGGAAGCAGGGCGGGAAGGCGCGCGCCAAGGCCAAGUCGCGCUCGUCGCGGGCCGGGCUGCAGUUCCCCGUGGGCCGCGUGCACCGGCUGCUGCGCAAGGGCAACUACGCGGAGCGCGUGGGCGCCGGCGCCCCGGUGUACCUGGCGGCCGUGCUGGAGUACCUGACGGCCGAGAUCCUGGAGCUGGCGGGCAACGCGGCCCGCGACAACAAGAAGACGCGCAUCAUCCCCCGCCACCUGCAGCUCGCCAUCCGCAACGACGAGGAGCUCAACAAGCUGCUGGGCAAGGUGACCAUCGCGCAGGGCGGCGUGCUGCCCAACAUCCAGGCCGUGCUGCUGCCCAAGAAGACCGACAGCCACAAGGCUAAAGCCAAGUGAGCACCGAAGAACAAAGGCUGCAGACUUUUCACCAAGAGAAACCCAAAGGCUCUUUUCAGAGCCACCCACAAGGUCCUAAGAGAGCUGAGUUAUCUAAACAACAGUGAAAGCACUUCCGUAUUAACUACUUAACCCGUGUUUUAACUUA